GGUAUCUCCCUGAGAUGCGAUAUCACUAGUGCCACCACCAGAAAGAAACGUCUGGACCCUUCUGCCGAGGUUAUGAAAAUCCCCUUAACUGCCACAGUUUGCUUACCUGGCUCAUCGCCUCCCGGACUUUGUAUUUUUACUAAAGUCAGUGAUGUGAAAAGACUUGACAUGGAUGAUAUUGCUGAUAGGAUGAGGAUGGAUGCUGGAGAAGUAACUUUAGUGAACCACAACUCCAUAUUCAAAACUCACCUCCUGCCACAAGCAGGUUUUCCAGAGGACCAGCUUUCACUUUCUGACCAGCAGAUUUUACCUUCUGGGCAAGGAAAUUUGGACCGAUCUUUUACAUGUUCCAUAAGAAGUGCAGCUUAUAACCCAAGUUAUUUCUCAGACAACCCUUCCUCAGACAGUUUUCUUGGCUCAGGCGACUUAAGAACCUUUGGCCAGAGUGCAAAUGGCCAGUGGAGAAAUUCUACUCCAGCAUCAAGCUCAACUUUACAAAAAUCAAGAAAUAGCCGAAGUAUUUACCUCGAAACCCGAAAGACCUCAAGUGGAUUAUCAAACAGUUUUACGGGAAAGUCAAACCACCACUGCCAUGCAUCUGCAUAUGAAAAAUCUUUUCCUAUUAAGCCUAUUCCAAGUCCAUCUUGGAGUGGUUCAUGUCGUCGAAGCCUUUUGAGCCCCAAGAAAACUCAGAGGCGACAUGUUAGUACAGCAGAAGAGGUAAGGAACAUCUCCAACAAAAAUGAAUUUAAUUAUACAAUUUGUUAUUUGAUAUUGAAACUAUUUUCUUUUCUUGCUAGAUCUCGAUGUCUUAGUUCCAGUAAGAAUACUUUGAAUGACUCACUGUUUAAAAAUGGAAAUUCUUGUGCAUCUCAGAUUAUUGGCUCUGAUACUUCAUCAUCUGGAUCUGCCAGCAUUUUAACUCCCCAGGAACAGCUAUCCCACAGCGUAUAUUCCCUAUCAUCUUAUACCCCAGAUGUUGUUGCGUUUGGAUCCAAAGAUUCUAAUACUCAUCAGCCCCACCAUCACCACUCUCUUCCACAUCAGACAGAUAACUUAUCAGCUUCAAAUACACAAUCUGAAGGAUCAGACUCUGUGAUUUUACUGAAAGUAAAAGAGUCCCAGACUCCAACUCCCAGUCCUACUUUCUUCCAGGCAGAGCUGUGGAUCAAAGAAUUAACUAGUGUUUAUGAUUCUCGAGCACGGGAAAGAUUGCGCCAGAUUGAAGAGCAGAAAGCACUAGCAUUACAGCUUCAAAACCAGAGAUUGCAGGAACGGGAACAUUCAGUACAUGAUUCAGUGGAACUGCAUCUUCGUGUACCUCUUGAAAAAGAGAUCCCUGUUACAAUUGCCCAAGAAACAGAAAAAAAGGGUCAUAAGUUAACUGAUAGUGAAGAUGAAUUUCCGGAAAUUACAGAGAUCAUCAAUUUCUACAUGAAUAUGCUGAUGGAGCGAAGUAAGGAGAAGGGAUUGCCAAGUGUACAUGCAUUUAAUACCUUUUUCUUCACUAAGUUAAAAACGGCUGGUUAUCAGGCAGUGAAACGUUGGACAAAGAAAGUGGAUGUGUUUUCUGUGGACAUUCUUUUGGUGCCCAUUCACCUGGGAGUGCACUGGUGUCUAGCUGUCGUGGACUUCAGAAAGAAGAACAUUACCUAUUAUGAUUCUAUGGGUGGGAUAAACAAUGAAGCCUGCAAGAUCCUUUUGCAAUACCUAAAGCAGGAAAGCAUUGACAAGAAAAGGAAAGAGUUUGACAUCAACGGCUGGCAGCUCUUCAGCAAGAAAAGCCAGGAAAUACCACAACAGAUGAAUGGAAGUGACUGUGGGAUGUUUGCCUGUAAAUAUGCUGACUGUAUAACCAAAGACAGACCAAUCAACUUCACACAGCAACACAUGCCAUACUUCCGGAAGCGGAUGGUCUGGGAGAUCCUCCACCGAAAACUCUUGUGAAGACUGUCUCAGCAGAUACCUUGUGAGGGACCAGCUCUUUGUUGUCUACAGCCAGAGACCUUGGAAACAGCUGCUCCCAACCCUCUGUUCUUGUAAAGCCCUUGAUCUUGGCCCAGGCCCUGGCGAGAUGCAUUCACAAGCACAUCUGCCUUUCCUUUUGUAUCUCAGAUACUAUUUUUGCAAAGAAACUUUGGUGCUGUGAAAGGGGUGAGGGACAUCCCUAAGCUGAAGAGAGAGACUGCUUUUCAUUUCUUCAGUUCUGCCAUCUUGUUUUUAAAGGGCUCCAACCUCACUCAGUCCCUAAUUAGGGAACUGAGAAGAGCUUGGAAAGAAUCUCGGUUUCAUAUAAACUCUUGUUGUUAGGCCUUACUAGGAAGUAGGACAGGGCAUGGGCAAAAGGUAGAGAUAAAAACCACCAGCAUAUACAUGCACAUAUGUGUACACACAAUUUUCAGGAUGUGUAGUCAGGAAUGUGACUGUAAUCUGGACUUUGGGGCACAUGCAUAAGUCCUGCCUCCAGGAUUUUUACUUUUCCUGUUUUAUGUCCCUAUGUGAAAUCAUCUGCUUCUGUCCAAGGCUGUUUAUUAUCUGUAGCUUCAUCUCAUCCUGAGGCACAGCACACAAGUCCUGGAUGGACCCCAAAGUCCCAAACAGCCUUUUCCUUAAGAGAAGGGGGUUUGCAUGUGCUAACAGCACACGUCAUGGGGCAGACCUGCCCCGGGAGCAAUCCAUUGGAGUGACAGAGCGCUACUUUUGCUGCCGCCUACUUCUGACCAAGAAGAAGGACCUCAGUCUUUAGCAUAAGAUUCCAGCUUUGGAGGAAUGCAGGUCUAGUUUGGUCUGUGGCUAGUUUAAAUAUGUUUCUAACCACAGAUAAUUUCAUAUAUAUAUAUAUAGAUACACACACACACAUAUAUAUAUAUUUCACAGGGAUAUGCUUUUUUUAAAAAGACUGAAUGUGUUCACCAUUUAGCCUGUAGAUUUAUUUCCAUUUUCCAGAUUCCAGCACACACAGAUCCCAGCCCCUAUGUAGGGUGUUUGUGGACUUGCUAAUGGAAUAUUUUGAGGCCUGGAUGAACUUUGGCUUAGGGAUAGAGGUUACAGAGGGAGGUGGGGUUUUCAGCUGAAAAACGGGUGGAGUUUGGACUGAUCAACUUGAGAUUUAAAAACUGCUAUUCCUUUUGUUCUUUCUAGCAUCUCCCCCCAACCCUCUGAGAGCUUCUCAGGCUUAGAUAGUGAAAUGAUCCAAUGCCAGUGUCAUUUUGUACUUAAGUUCCAAAAUAGGAACAUUUUAUACUUUUUUCUGUAUUGUUAUAGGUAGUUUUGUAUGAAAUCUUUUCUCCUCUCCCCUUGUACCCCAUUCUUUCCAGCAUUGUGCUUUCUCCUUGGGCUUAUUUGAAAAUUUUACUCUGUUUUAUACCAAGCUUGUUUAGUACAUUUUUCUAUGUUUUACCACAAGUUACAAUUUGAAAAGAAAACUAUUUUUUUUAAAUAUUCCAUUGUUAACUGAAUGUUACUGUUUCCACUCCAGCAACUAGAUGUCCUACCUUUUUCAUAACUGCCUGCC